AUGUCUGGUGGAGACAAAGAUCAUCCAGAUCUAGCAACCCAGGCAGACGACGUCAGCAACAGCAAUAGCCACGGGGGCUCACAGUCUUCUCCGCUCAACAAGAUUGCUUCCUCCAGGAGUUCAGAGAUGGCGGCAGCCGCAGCUCCGGCGGCGGCGUCAUCAAAACCUCAAGAGCUCACCCUGAGCUACCUCUGCGAGCAAAAUCAGUCCAAGCUGGGUCUGGGUUUUGACGAAAAGGGGAAAGAAGCUAUCUUCUCCGCAGAAGCCAACAGCAACGGUGGCUCACCCUCGUCUCCGCUCAACAAGAUCGAUUCCCUCAAGGAUUCAAACAUGGCAGCGGGGACGGUAGAAAAGCCGCCGCAAGAGCUCACUCUAAGUUACCUCUGUGAUAACAAUCAGCCCAAGUUGGGUCUGGGUUUCGGUGAAAAGGGGAAAGAAGUCGUCUUUUCUAAAGGUGGUUGUUCGGAUCGUCAUCAGGAGAAGUGGGUCGAGAGGGAUUUCUUGAAUCUCAGCGAGACCGAGUUCAAUUCCUGCAAGAGAAACUCCCACGAUGCUGAUGAGGAGGCGGCGGAAGGAGAAGAUGAAGCUGGGAUGGAGAAGAAGAAGAUUAAGAAGCCCAAGCUUGAAGGGAGCCUUAACUUGUCUUUAGCUCUCCCUGACGUUUCUCUCUCGUUGCCUGCUUCCAAUGCUCUUCUGCAAAUUGGGGUCAAAGCGAAGCCUGUGGGCUUAGUAGCUCCUGCUUCUGUAGCGCCAGCGCCUUCAAAUAACAACACUCAGACGACGUGUUCUGAUGAUUUCACAGCUCCUUGUUCACUUUCCUGCUCCUUUUCGCAUGCCUUCUCCCACAACCCAAGCUGCUCCAUGACCCGUAACUCCACUGAGAAUUAUAGAGAUGACCCAAUUUGGUGUGGUGGGGAAGGAACUAAUGGCUCUGUUCACAGCAGGUUUAGGCCUAUUGGAGAUGGGAUUGUUGCUCUCCACAGUAACAAUGAAGGAAUUAAUGGGGGAUUUGGUGUGCUGCAAGGUAAUCGUGUUUCAAACAAGGAUUCCUGCAAUAACGAUAGUGUCUGUAGAGCUACUAGUUCUGAUAAUAUUUCGUUUUACCCAUCGGUAUUGCCUGCUAGGCCACGUAUGGAUACGUAUUCUGGCGAUUCCAGGAAGAAAGAUUCUGGGAAUCUGAGAGGUUUAGAAGAUGGAGAUGGUGGUGGGAGAGGUAGAAAACAGUUGUCUAGGCCAGAGAGAAUCGUGCGUGAGAUUGUUUCAGAGUCUAUUCCUGUCAUGGCUCAAAUCAUCCAGGAACUUACUCAAGAGAUGUUGAAUUCAAUUAGGGACUAUGUGAAAGAUCUUGUUUCAGUGGCUGACAAGAGAGAAGAGUUAGUAACCCUUCAGAACCGUUUGAAUAGAAGGUCUGAUCUAACCAAGGAGUCACUUUUGAAAUGUCAAAGGAACCAACUAGAGAUAUUGGUUGCAGUGAGAAUGGGACUGGUGAGCUUUAUGACUGGGAAACUCCGUCUAGCUACCACCGAACUUAUAGAGAUGUUCUUGUUUGUUAGGUGUAGGAAUGUGAACUGCAAGAGUAUAUUGCCUGUUGAAGACUGUGACUGUAAGUUUUGCUCGGCAGAUAACGGGUUCUGUAGCUCGUGCAUGUGUGCAGUUUGCAUGAAGUUUGACUGUGCAAGCAAUACUUGUAGUUGGGUGGGUUGUGAUGUUUGCUCACAUUGGUGCCAUGCUGCCUGUGGAGUACAGAAGAAUCUAGUCAGGCCAGGACCUAGCUUGAAGGGUCCACCAGGGACUAGUGAGAUUCAGUUUCACUGUAUUGCAUGCAAUCAUGCUUCCGAGAUGUUUGGGUUUGUCAAAGACGUAUUCACUUGCUGUGCUAAGGAUUGGGGGUUUGAAACUCUGUUGAAGGAGCUUGAUUGCGUGAGGAAGAUUUUCAGGGGGAGCGAUGAUUUUAAAGGGAAAGAAUUGCACACCAAAGCUGACGGGUUGAUCUCCAAGCUUGAAAGCAAACUUAUAUCUCCUUCAGAUGCUUGCCACAUCAUUCUCAAGUUCUUCAACUAUGCAGAUCGCCUACUGGGUUUCCCUGCCGGUCCCUCUGUCAAAGAAAUGAUGCCCCGUAAUACUGAAUCCAGCAUUAGAAAAGAAUCAGCAACACCAAUUCCACAAUACGGUUCUCUCCCUCCAAGAUAUGCUGUUUACAACAACAACAAUAAUUCCAAUGACGACACAAACAACAGUGUCUCGGGUUCUUCAACUGGCCGACUUGGCAAUGAACAACUGAAAACUGCCCUACUGAUGGGUGACAUGAAGAUGGAAGAUUCUUAUCGUCUAUCAGCAAGGAAAGAUGCGAUUGAGAGCUUGGAGAGCAUUGUGAGGAUGAAAGAAGCCGAGUCCAGGAUGUUCCAGAGCAAGGCGGAUGAGGCGAGGCGAGAAGCUGACGGGUUGAGGCGAAUAAUUCAGUUCAGGACAGAGAAGUUCGAGGAUGAGUAUGCUCACAAGCUAUCAAGACUGUGCCUGCAAGAUACCGAGGAAAGGAGGAGGAAGAAGCUGGACGAGCUCAAGAAAUUGGAGAGCUCACAGUGUGAGUACCACAGCAUGAAGUUGAGAAUGCAGGCUGAGAUUGCUGGGUUGCUGAAGAGAAUGGAAGCUACAAAACAGCAGUGGGUUUAG